UCAGUAACCCCAACAUGCACUAGACUUCAAAGUCCCACAGACGCGCGCUGCAGCUGACCUGAGCCGGUGUGGCUGUCCAUAGCUGUGCAGGAAUGAGGCGUCUGUUGGCUCUCGCGCUGCUGCUGCUGAUGCACGCGGCGGCGAUGGAGGUUCACGAGGAAGACUACACCGAGGAGGACGAGAUGAUCCUGUCCCUGAUCCGCAAGGACGACUCCCAGCCUGAGCUCGAGUCGGCGCCGUCCGGCCAAUUCCUCAGGUGCACCAAGGCCGCGUGGCGCGUGCCCGGUCACUACAUCGUGGUGCUGCGAAGCGGGACGCACGAGAACCAGGUUGCGCGCACUAUGCGCGCGCUGAGAGCCAAAGCGGCGAGGCGCGGCUAUCUGACAGAGAUCACGCGUACUUACUCUGGAGCUGUGCGAGGGUUCCUGGUGAAGAUGAGCAGCGAUGUCCUGCACAUGGCGCUAAAGCUGCCUCAUGUGGAUUAUAUCGAAGAGGACUCGACGGUGUUUGUGCAAGGCUUGCCAUGGAACCUGGAGCGCAUCAUCCAGACCAAGAACCAGAGCGGAAAAUACACACCACCCAAUGAUGGAGCUCAGGUGGGGCUGUACCUCAUGGACACCAGCGUGCAGACCAGUCACCGUGAGAUCGAGGGCAGAGUGAUGGUGACAGACUUCAACAGUGUGCCAGAGGAGGAUGGGGUCAGAGUUCACAGACAAACCAAUCAGUGUGACAGUCACGGCACACACACAGCAGGGGUGGUAAGCGGGCGAGACUCGGGCGUGGCACGUGGCGUCAGUGUGAACAGCGUGCGAGUGCUCAACUGCCAGGGCAAAGGCACAGUUUCAGGAGUUCUGGCAGGUCUGGAGUACAUUCGUGCAUCUCUGCAGGUUCAGCCCAUCAGUCCUGUGAUCAUAUUGCUACCAUUUGCAGGGGGGUUCAGUCGUACUCUGAACACUGCUUGUCGUGAGAUGGUUCGGUCUGGUGCAGUUCUUAUAGCUGCAGCAGGAAACUACCAGGAUGAUGCCUGUCUGUACUCACCAGCCUCAGAGCCUGAGGUGAUAACAGUGGGUGCCACCAAUGCUGCUGACCAGCCGCUGAGUGCAGGGACCACAGGCACCAAUGUGGGCCGCUGUGUGGAUCUGUUUGCCCCUGGUGAUGAUAUCAUCAGCGCCUCCAGUGACUGUCCCACCUGUUUUACCACCAAGAGCGGCACAUCACAGGCAGCUGCACUCGUUGCCGGUAUAGCUGCGGUCCUUCUGAACGCAAACCCCAAAGCCAGCCCUGCUGACGUGCUCCAGCUGCUACGUCAUCACUCAGUCCAGCAGGUGAUGAAUCCAGACUCUCUCCCUGCAGAACACCGCCUCACUACCCCUAACGUGGUGGCUGCCCUGCCCAAAACUACUGCACCUUCAGGCAAUCCUCUGCUGUGUCGCUCUGUUUGGUCAGAGAAGUCAGGGGUCGCAAUCUCCGAUACAGUAGUGGCUCACUGUCGUCAGGGUGAAGAGAUGUUCAGCUGCUCCAGCUAUUCACCAAACGGAGCCCGAGCUGGAGAAAGAAUAGAGGUGAGGGAUGGGCAAAAGCAUUGUGUGGCACACAAUGGCAUUGGAGGAGAGGGUGUGUAUGCCAUAGCCCGCUGCUGCACAGGGAACAAUGUGCAGUGCCAAGCCCAUGCCAGCCCUCAGACAGGCAUGGACGCAGAGUGCCCCAGCCCAGAGCAUCAGCUCACAGGCUGCAGCUCUCACUUUGAGUCCGGAGGCGUGGCUGACCCCAUGAGGCCUCUCCACGGCAACCGUAAGGCGUGUCCUGCCAGAACUCGUAUGACAUCGUAUGCUUCCUGUUGCCACGCCCUCAGUCUGGAGUGCAGAUUGAAUGAGCAUUACCCCUCUGGCUUUACGGAGCAGGCGGAGGUGUCGUGCGAGGACUCGUGGACGCUGACAGGAUGUAACUCUGUGUCACAGGGUUUCAUCACUCAUGGGGCGUAUGCCCGGGGCAACACCUGUGUGGUGCGGGCGUCCGGAGAGGACAGAGGAGCUGCUGCCAUUGCCAUCUGCUGCAGGUAUCGGCCACUUGAGCAGGCGUCCAGCAAACACAGCCACGAUCAAGGCAACCAGUAAUGUGCACUGCUUUAUACGAGCUAUUAUCAGCCAGCUGUCCACUCCACAUCCCCUGAACUUUGUUUCUGAGUUGCAAGUUGUGUGGAGUGACCUGCAUUGUCCAUUGCACUGUACAGUCCUGCUUUCACAAAAAAAGGGGGGAACGUGUUGGAGAGAGUUUGGCAAUAAAAAAUUGACGAUUUUCCCAUUAUCCUCAAUUUAUUUGAUCAGUCAAGACAUGUUUGGUGUCUGAAGACUUUCCUUUAGUUUAGUACAGGAGUUAAAAGGCUCACAUCAAGGUGCUACCACAGUGUGCAAUGUGCAUCAUGUCAUGAACCGUAUCUAGUUGUUAAGUAACCCGAGACUUGUUCUUGUGAUUGACACUGUAUAGCAAACUGUUGUCUGUAAAAGUGGACACAUGGACGAAAUUCAGGCUACUAGUAUGUUAUGCUGCAUUUGAGGUAGAGAAUUGUCAAUUUGACUUUUUACAGAAAGAUCGCUUUAUUGAGACCAGUUAGAGAGUGAGAUUUAAAGUCUAACAAUCCAGUGUUGGUUUUCAUGACGUUUCAGUCUGGUAUACUUAACCCUAACCAAAACACAAGGGUUCUCUGACGUGAUGCCAUAGAUUAACCACAUUUGUUUUUUUGUUUGUUUUGAAAAUUCUGAAAGUUUAAAUUUGUUUCAUUUUAAAGAAUUGUCCACUGAAAGGAAACACUCCCAAGAAACCUUUUGACACUUGUGUAUGGGGAUCAUUACCUCUUGGUUUCAAAGCCAGCACAAAGAAAGUUUCCUUUUGGGUUUCUCUCUGCUACUAAAACUGUGGAAUAAAGAAAUGUUUGGCAAACCAUUUCAGUUAACCAUUUACUGGACCAUCAGCCAUGCCUAAUACGUGGUCACUUGUCUCAGUGGAAUACAAAUCACUGUUCAUGUAGUCAUUUGUUAAGCCUUUUUUUAACUUUCCUUCUCAUUCCAGUGAUGUUCACUACGCUUCCUUUUUUAUUUGCCAAAUCCUGAUAUUUCUGGACUGACUCCAUUAUCAACCCUUUUUGCAUGCACUGAAUAUAUUCUCUUUUUGUAAAUGUAUUUUCUUGUUUUGUAAGAAUAAAAUGAUUCACCUUCAAA